AUGUCAUGUUCAGGGUCCAUAUGGUCUGUAAUAUCUAAAAUCAAUGGCACUGCAUCUUUUUGCAGUUCUUUCAUAUCGUUAUUACCUCAAAUAAUCGAAACGUUCCGCGAUAAGACUGUUGAGGGCCUAUCACCAUAUUUUUUAUUAGCAUGGGUUGGUGGUGAUAUUACCUCUUUGAUUGGGGCUAUCCUGACCAACCAACUUAUGUUUCAGGUUUUGCUAGCACUUUAUUUCUUAUGCAACGACCUGUUUGUCUGUGGUCAAUAUUACUACUAUGGUGUGCUUCACGAAAAUAAGUUAGCAACUACUGGUCACGAAUCGAAGCCGAUUUACGCAGAUGUGCCAGUCGAAGACUCACAGUCUGACAGCGAUACAGUUCAAAGUGAUGGGGCCACCAUCGGAAAUAGAAAUACCCGCAAGGGUUUCUUGAGUGGCAUAUUUGCCCUCUUUGGUAGCAUCAGAAAUACAAGUGCAAUGCCAUUGGACGACGUGAUUCUCUCAUUGGCAGCUCAAAAACCCACCGCUCCGGGAACAAUCCCUGGCAAUACCAAUGGAACAGGCAGUACACUCGGAGCAACUUUCUCCUGGUUGGGGGCAACGUUUUACAUAGGUGCACGUAUCCCGCAGCUGUGGAAAAACUAUCAAAGAAAGUCAACCGACGGUAUCUCUCCUUUCCUAUUCGCAACAACACUGGUCGGCAAUGUGACUUAUAACAUAAGUGUUCUGACAAGUUGUGCAUAUCGCGACAGUCCUGAUAGAAAAGCGUUUCUGCUGAAUGAGUUACCAUUUAUUCUGGGCUGCACAGUGACUAUAUUCUUUGAUAUGAUAUACUUUUACCAGCAUUACGUUCUAUACGCUAAAGAUAUGAAGAUAAGAGCAUAUGAGCGUGAACACGCUCAUCACCAUCAUCACCAUCGCGAUCUCGAUCUCGAUACAGAUGAAGCAAGGCCUCUGCUGCAAAACUGA